UCUGCCGCCAGGGCGCAGUCUUUUGUCACGGUUAAAUGUCCUCCCCUGUUAAAACUUCAAAACUCUAGAUGUAAAGACCAGACAACGCUGCCCGCCGCUUGACAGACAUCAGCGCUAGAUUGUAGAUUUUAGCAGAGAAUCAAAAUGCCCCGCAAGAAACCAGCCAACCGCAGAGGGGCAGCCUCCUCAUCAAUUAAUAUCGGGGAGGAAGUUCGCAUUGCCGUAAAAUUGCAGCUUAAGAAAUUUUUGGCAGACCCAGCAGCGACAGAGUGUGAAUUCCCAUCCUCCCUUUUUGCUGAAGAGCGAGCUUACAUUCAUAAUGUGGCAAAGGAGUAUGGUCUGCGUUCUAAGAGCCGAGGUAAAAAUGGUAUCAACCGAGCUGUUACAGUUUACAAACGCGAGGGUUCUAGCAUUGUUCAAGCCGACCCUGCAUUUACUUUAAGCCCCACCUCUCGCCAUCUUAUAAGAACACUCUUGGUAGAAUGUCCUAUCACAGCUAAAGAACGUCAAGACUUACUGCCUCAGCUUGAACGUGAUAAGGAGAGGGAAAUCUCUAUGUCUAGUGAAGUGAAAGAAAUUGGUAGAGCUAUGGGUAGACUGAGCAGUGGUGUACCACAGGUUCCCAAAUCAAACUGCAAUCCUGAGGUGCUUCCCUUUAGAAAAGGCCUACCAAUAUGGAACAUGCAGGAUGCCAUAGUUGAAACAAUUUUGACAAACCAAAUUGUUUUGAUUGCGGGUGAAACAGGGUCUGGCAAAACCACACAGGUCCCCCAAUUCAUUUUGGAGCAUUGCCAGAGGACAGGAACAGCUUGUCGCAUUGUGUGCACUGAGCCCAGACGAAUUUCAGCAGUAUCUGUGAGUGAGCGUGUGUCAACUGAGAGAAAUGAGUCCCUUGGACAGUCAGUAGGCUACCAGAUACGUUUGGAAAGCAGAGUCUCCCCUAAGACUGUUUUAACCUAUUGCACUAACGGAGUUUUAUUGAGGACUCUGAUGGGUGGUGAUAGUAUUUUAUCCACUCUUACUCAUAUCAUAGUAGAUGAAGUACAUGAAAGAGAUCGUUUCUCUGAUUUUUUGCUCAUUUCACUAAGAGAUGCUCUUCAAAAGUAUAAAGAUUUGAGACUUAUUUUGAUGUCUGCUACAUUGGAUAUUAGUGUUUUUACCAAAUAUUUCAAUAAUUGUCCAGUUAUUACUGUUCCUGGUCGUCAGUAUGAAGUACAAGAAUAUUUCCUUGAAGAUGUUUUAAAACUUACUGGGUAUUUGAAUGGUCACAAACCUCCUAAAAAGAAAGAUGUUGAUCCAAACCGUAAACCAAGGAAAGAGCUUGAGAAGUGGACUCAAGCUGUUUCAAGUGGUCUGGAGUCCAAGGAAGAUGAAACUGAGGACAAUGAACCAGCUGUUACAUUGUUGUGCGACGAACCGACACCGGAAGUUAAUUCAUUAGACCCCUUGAUGGUGGAGCAAUUGGAUAAAUGCAUAGAGGAGGCUUGGCUUCAUGGAUCAGAAGAAGCUUUCACCCAAAUUCUUUAUUUUAUUCAAACAGAGAAUGUGCCAGUUGAUUAUCAGCACUCUGGUACUGGGGCAUGUCCGCUUAUGCUGGCUGCUGGACGGGGCCAACUUGAAAUGACUGAACAGUUUUUGUAUCUGGGAGCAAACUUGAAUGUUAAAGCUAACAAUGGAUGGACUGCUCUUGAUUGGGCUGUCAACUGCAAUAAAACAGCCACGGCUGAGCUCAUUCAAAAUUACAUGAAGUUACGUCAAUCAUCCUCAGAAAUGCCUUCUGAAGUACUUCAAACAAUAUCUCAAGAAAUGAGUGAUGAGGAUAAUCAGUUAUUAGAAAUGUAUCAUCAAUGCUUCAAUGAUGAUGAAGUAGAUGUCAAACUAUGUCUGGCCCUCAUCUACCACUUACAUUCCCGUCCAGAUAAAGGUGCUAUUUUAAUAUUUUUGCCAGGAUAUGAUGUGAUUACAACUCUGCGUGAUUGCAUUAAUGAUGAAAGAGAGAAGUUCUCUCAAGUGUGCAGAUUUUCAUUGUACACUCUACAUUCAAACAUGCAGACAAGUGACCAGAGAAGAGUAUUUCAACCAGCGCCAGCUAACACUAGAAAAAUCAUUCUCUCAACAAAUAUUGCUGAAACAAGUGUAACCAUUGAUGACGUUGUGUAUGUUAUUGAUUCGGGGAAAGUUAAAGAGAAAUCUUUUGAUGCUAUCUCCGGCGUUAGCUCAUUGAGAGAUGAAUGGAUCUCUCAAGCUUGUGCCAGACAACGCAAAGGCCGGGCCGGUAGAACACGCCCUGGGCUUUGCUAUCAUAUGUUUUCCAAAGUACGUUACCGUUCUUUGCAGCAGCAUCAGACUCCAGAAAUUUUGAGAAUGCCCUUGCAAGAGUUAUGCCUACAUACCAAACUCUUAGCUGCACCUAAUACUGCCAUUGCUGACUUUCUUUCCAAAGCCAUGGAACCACCACCAUUUAUGGUUACUCGUAAUGCAGUUCAACUCUUAAAGACUAUUGAUGCCUUGGAUCCAUGGGAAGACUUGACUGAACUUGGGCAUCACCUAUUAGAUUUGCCAGUGGAACCCCGUCUGGGAAAGAUGCUGUUGCAUGCUGUUGUUUUGAAGUGUUUGGAUCCAGUGCUUACUAUUGUAUGCACUCUAGCCUACAAGGAUCCAUUUGUUCUACCAACACAGCCUAGUUUAAGAAAUGCUUCCAGAGCCUCUCGCAGGAGCUUUUCUGCAGGAUCAUUUAGUGAUCAUAUGGCUAUGUUGAGAGCUUUCCAGGCUUGGCAACUGUCUCGUUCAACUGGACGGGAAGCAUCAUUCUGUCAGAAAAAUUUCAUUUCCUCAGCAACCAUGGAGCAAGUGAUGAGCCUCCGUGCUCAGUUGCUUGGUCAGUUGCGUGCUUCAGGUUUUGUUCGGGCCAAAGGAGGGGGAGAUAUUAGGGACCUGAAUAGUCAUGCAGAGAAUUGGGCUGUUGUGAAAGCUGCUCUCACUGCUGGUUUUUAUCCUAAUAUUGCCCGAGUGGAUAGAGCGUACAUGCAGCUACGCACUUUCAAAGAAAGCAUGGUUGCUGUGCAUCCCUCCUCUACUUUGAGAGAUGCUGACAUUGGAAAGGUGCCUGAUAAUCUUCCCACUGAUUGGCUUGUAUUUGAAGAAAUGAGCAGGGCUGGAAAGCUAUGUCAAAUCCGUAUGUGCACUGUAAUAUCACCCAUAACCGUCGCCCUUUUCGCUGGUCCUAUGCGUCUCCCAUCUGAUGCUUUGUCAUCAAGUGAAACUUCAGAGUUGGCAAACCAGUACCAGAGUGAUUCUGAAUGGGAAGAACAAACUGAUGGAAAUGAUAGCAUGCUCAAGCUUGAUGAAUGGAUUAACUUCUGUAUAGACGGUGAGGCUGCGCACCUAGCCUUCCAACUACGGCAAAAAUGGAAUUCCACUUUCCUUCGUAGAAUGCGUUGUCCUUCCAAAUCUUGGAAUCCAGCAGAUGAUGCUGUUAUACAAGCAGUUGUUCAGAUUCUUUCUUCAGAAGAAAAGCAGUUAGGCUUACAGCAACCUGAAGGAAUCGGUCAGCGUCCAAGGCCUGUGAACAUUGACUUCCACACAUCUGCCAGAAACAAACAUCAUGACGUAAAUGACACUGAUUCUGUGUCUUCAGAAAACUCAAACCACAGCCAACGUGUUUUUCACAAUUCAAGUAGAUUUGGCAAGAAAAUGAGUUCUGAGAGUGGCUGCAGCUCAAUUUCUCCAGAUGACAGUGCUUUUCUUUCCAACUACUCUUCUCCUUCCACUGGAGUAAAGUACUUUGUGAUAAAAGCAGGUACCCCUAAAGCGGUUGAGACUUCUCGUCGUCGUAAUUUGUGGGCAUUCACACCCGGUACAGAAAGAAAGGUUUUAACUGGUUUACAGGAAGGAAACAUUGUGAUGCUAAUUUUCAGUAUGCAAGGCAGUGGAAGUUUUCAAGGUGUAGCCAGUUUAGUUGGAAGCCAUCCCAGUGACAGUGACACUUGCUCUGAUCUUGCUGGUCCUAAUCUUGGUUCUCCACUCCCCAUUAAAUGGCUCAAGUAUGGAGAUAUUCCAUUCCAAGCCACUCGCCACCUAAUGAAUCCAUACAAUGAUGGUCGCAAUGUGCAGACAAGUCGUGACGGACAGGAGCUGGAACCCAAUGUUGCCCUUCAUCUUUGCAGCUUGUGGGAUAGGAACACCCAUUCAAACCAGUUUUAUCAUAAUGCCCAGAGUCAGAGUAACCAACAAUCUCACUCUCAAGGUGGUCGGAGACCUAUUCGAGGCAAUGCCCAAAAUAGGCACACUUCUACCCACGAAUCAGGACGAAAUAAUGGAGCUCAGAAUGGCUUUGGACGCCAUCAUCAAAGUUUCUUCAAGUAGCAAGUAACUAGUAGACAUAAAUUUGUUCUCUGAUUAGGAUAGUCCCACAGUAGCUAUUAGGUCACAUUUCAGAAUUCAUCCAGUAAUUUUGCAAACUUUGUUGCUAUUGUAUUAGAAUUACAAACUAAUUCAGGAAUUUUGAAAGCUUAUCUUCAGAGGACCAUUUACUUUUCUUUUUUCUUUUUUCUAUUUAUGUUUUGGUUAUUAAUAACAAAUGCAACCAGAUGACAAUUUAUUUGUUUACUGCUAUUCAUGGUCUAUUGCCUCGCAGGCUCUGUUUCCCUACUGAUGUUCUCUUACAUGUGAGCUUCAUCGCUUACAGGUAGAAAUUAAAAAUACGGUUCAUGAUUAAUUUACCAAGUGAAUGAGGAAGAUAGGUAUUUAGACCAUCAAAGAUUCUUAGCUUAAUUUGUAAGCUUUAUGUUAAGUUUUUUUUUUUUAAUAAUUAUUAUCUUGUUUUCUUACAUGUAUGUAAUUAAUUUAUGUAUGUUGACUCAUCAUGACUGAAGUGCCAGAAUGGGAUCCUCAAUAAGUGAGAUCACCUAUUGGAGUUGCUAGAUCUAAGUUAUAGACUUUCAAACCAUCUGGAAUGCAAAGGUUUCUUUGCCACUGCUUUCCUCUUUGUAUUACGGUUUUUAAUAUUGCCAAGCUGGAUGAUUUUCAUCACACAUACAGUCUAUGAUACUCCUACAUGUGUAAGACUUAUUCAGUCUUGCAGGCGUUUAAGUUUUUACCCACUCUCACUGCCCAUGACUUUGACUUCAGACAUUUCUGUUGGUAAAAUGCUUGUUGGAUUAUGAUGCUGUCUUGUUAUUGGACUGAUAGAUACUAAUUGGCAUUAUGCUGCAUGGGGUUCUGACGUUCCUAAUAUUUUAUGAUUAAUUAUGAUUCUAUGAAGUACAGUUCUUUUAAAAGUUUUCAUUUUAAUAAUGAUAAUUUCUAUUUCAAAUUGACCUGGAUCCUUUUCUUGUACUUCUGUAAUAGUGCUUGACAUAAUAGGUUAAGAAAUUUUUAAAAUCUUGUACCUGAAGAUCUGUUUCAGAGCGCAAUGUUAGCUUGCUGCAUACUUGUAGCCAAUUUCCUCUCUUUGACAUGAGCUGUGUAUGAUUUUAAGUCAGUAUUUACCUCCUGCCAAUGAAAUAAUUUAACUCCGACCAAAAGCUUAGCUUCCUAAGCGCAUUUAUGAUGUUUUCAAUGUCAAGCAUGUGCUGUUUGAAACAAUACAUGAAAUUGGCCUGUGUUAUUAACCAUGUUCACAUUUAUAUGUUUAAGUGCUAUUUGAUUUGUUGUUUGUGCAAUCUCUUACAUGUGAUACACAUCUCUUAUCUAUGUCUUGAAAUGUGAUAUUAAGAGUUAAUAAUGUUUUGUGGUGUUUCAUUGUUAAUUACAUUUGCAUUCUCAAGCCAAUUAAUGUAAUUGUACCUAAUACACCUGUGUUUUUAAUUAUAUUUUGGAAAAAAAA